AUAAAGCCAAGUCCUGUCCCUUUGGGAAGAAUUUGCGAGCAGUGAGACCAGGCUUUGGGUCACAAACAGGAGCCCGAUGAGCCAAUGACUGUACCCAUAAUUCUCUUUAAUGGUGUAUCAAUGUCGAGGGACGCAAGCUGUUGAGCUUAUUCUUCCUGCAGAUUUACAGUCCCAGUUGUGUCCUGUGAGCAUGCGUAUGACAACAAAGCAGACAUGUGGACGAAAGGCUGAGGCUCUGGGCUCCUAACUCUUCUCUGUACGGGUCAAUUAGAUUGCAAUCCCUGCUGAAAAGAUGACGUCUGCCACACCUCCUUCCUCUCGUAGCUCCUCCCCUCAGAAGGUUUGCCACUCUCAGACACAGACGGACGUUUUAAAACCCUUGCUGGGUGGCAUAUCCGGUGGGGGCGGGACUCUGAGGAAGAGGAGGCGUGUUCUGUCCAAGGAUGGGCGCAGCAACGUGCGAAUCGAGCACGUCAGCGGGCGGAGUGCUCUGUACAUGCGUGACCUCUGGACAACAUUUCUGGACAUGCAGUGGCGCUACAAGUUAUUUCUGUUCACAGGCACGUUCGCAGGGACCUGGUUCCUGUUUGGAGUGCUGUGGUACCUGGUGGCGCUGGUGCACGGAGAUCUGCUGGAGUUCGACCCUCCAUCAAACCACACACCCUGUGUGCUGCAGAUGCAGACCCUGACGGGGGCUUUCCUCUUCUCCCUGGAGUCCCAGACAACUAUUGGCUAUGGUUUUCGCUGUAUAACUGAAGAAUGCCCUGCUGCCAUCAUCCUCCUCAUCGUCCAGCUGGUCCUCACCAUGCUGCUGGAGAUCUUCAUCACUGGUACCUUCCUGGCCAAGGUUGCUCGGCCAAAAAAGCGAGGGGAGACGGUAAAGUUUAGUCAACACGCUGUGGUGUCGACCCAUGAAGGUCGACCCUGCCUGAUGAUCAGGGUGGCCAACAUGCGCAAGAGUCUCCUGCUUGGGUGUCAGGUGACUGGGAAACUGCUCCAGACGUCUCUGACCAAGGAAGGCGAGACGGUUCGUCUGGACCAGAGGAACGUGCCCUUCCAAGUGGACACUUCCAGCGACAGCCCCUUCCUCAUCCUGCCCCUCACCUUCUACCACGUCAUCGAUGACAACAGCCCCCUGCGAGCCUGGGCAGCCAAGGGUGGGGGCUGGACAGAUCCAGAAUUGGCUGACUUUGAGCUGCUGGUGAUCAUGAGCGCUACAGUGGAGCCGACUUCUGCCACCUGCCAGGUCCGCACCUCCUACCUGCCUGACGAGAUCCUCUGGGGCUACGAGUUUCCCCCCGUAGUCUCCCUUUCCCCGUCAGGUAAAUAUGUAGCGGACUUUGCCUUCUUCGACAAAGUGGCCAAGACAAAGACCACACCCAUCUUCAAACCAGCCAGCCCUCAGCAUGGGUACCAGAGCAACGGGGGUGGGACUGUGCCGGAAGUGUCCGCCGACCCGGAGAAGAUUCGCCUGGAGCAGAGCUACAGGGAGCGAGGGGAGGACCGUGGCCGGGUCAGAGAAACUCCCCUCAGCGUUCGCAUCAGCAACGUGUGAACAAACGGUUGACUGGUUGAGAAGGGAGCAUUUCGUGGAGAGCAACUCGCAGGAGACAAGUUCAGAGUCAACAGUGAAUCAGUGAAACAUCAAAGCAGCUUUGGACACUGUCUUUUUUAGACUGUUUUGAACUUAUAUCAGAAAGAUGUUUGGUUCUCAGUAGCGCCACUUGAUGCAGAAAGCAAAUAUGGAAGACAAUGAACUCCUGUAUGGUCAGCUUAAAAUUUGUCAUUGUCAUACAUCUGCUGGGAUAAUACAUGUUUUACACAGGGUUGACUGCAUUACAUGAUGGCAUAAAACACUACCUAACUGCCACUACUACUUACAUUUGUGUGGCGAGUGUGAAUCUACUGUAUACUUUUAUAACAAACAAAAAAUAGUUGGAUUAUUUAUUCAUACAGAAAUCCUAUCUCCUAAAAACUACAUUUCUAUACAACUAAACUGCAACAGCAAAUACGUGUACAAAAUUAAUUGUGGUUUGACUCUGUUUUUAUUAUGGAUAUGUUGUUAAUGUGUUCAGAAAGUCUCAAAUACUUUGAUACUUAAAGUAUCACACAGUCACAGACAAUGUAUCUGUUAUCCACCAAAUUAUCAUAUUGGAAACGGUUGCAACAGGCGACGGUUGCAACAAGUCUUAUUCAUCCAAUCAGAAACGUGCUAGAAGGACGACACUCAUACUGCACCUAACCCUAACCCUUAUUGAAAAACAGAACACAGCAAAACAGACCAUACAACAGUAUUUUUCAAUAUUUCCAGGCAAUGUAUGUGGCUAAUUUUGUCCCGUAGCACAAAAGAUGCAGCAAUAAUCAUUCAUUUUAAAAUACAAACAAGGUAUAUUGAGAAUUAUUUUGUUAGCCUCUCAUGGUCUUACAUAUUCGCCUGUUAUUUUCACCAUAAGCAAUAAAUUAGAUAAAUUGUGCCUAUUUUAACUCAAGGUAGGCCAAUGUUCUAUGCAAAACAAAACCCAAUAACCUUUCUUUGAUAAUUAUCACUAAAUACUGUAAAACAAUGCAUACUUUCAGAAUACUACAGUAAUUGAGACAAAAUGCAAACGUUAAUUCGUAAAAUUUCAUGCAACCAUCCCUGAUCCAUGUUGCAAGAAUUCAGAUCUAAAUUCUUAAUUUCAAAUAAAUAUUGUGAAUGAUAUGUCAUAUAUAAUCAUCUUUAAAUAGUUCAGGUAAGUAGCAGACUGAUGAAGGCUAAGUUUAUCAUCAUAUUAGUUGGUCUAGUCCAAAUAGUCUCUGAGUAACCGAGAAAAAUGCAAAAAGUUUUGCAAACGUCCCCCAGGUAUUCAUUGAAAAAAUAUGUUACAUGUCGAACCUAAUCCAGCCAGUGAUUAUGUUUCCUACAAAGCAUAUUUGGUGUUGCAGUUCAGUUGUAUAAAAAAGUCAUUUCUCAGGAGGCAGGGUUGAAACAAAACAAAACUCUAAUUAGUUCUCUCCAGAGUACAAAGUACCAAAUCACAAAGAGAAAAACUUGCACACAAAAAAGUGCGAGACAUUAUGAGUGUAUAUUUUCCAGUGUAUGAAGGGUAGAGCGGUAUGGGGGUGAUGUGUGAUAAAGUCAGCAGGAAACACCCACAGACACUUUGGUAUAUAAAGGUAGACUCUUCUGCUAUACCUCCUCUAACAUACAUGUAAAUGUAUGGUUAAUACACACAUAAUGCAUAUGUACUACAGUACGCACAUAUUUAAUUUAAAAAGGUCAUAUGACUUUGAGUUUCGGCAUAGUAAAUGUUACACUUGACACACCAAUGAGUCGGUUUAUCUCACAAAGUCCCCAGCCCACAUUUCCUCUCAACAUGGUAUUUUUAUCCUUCCUGUUGCGUAGAGCAGCAGUACUGAUGUGUGUUGUACAUGGUAAUGCAUGCACAACUGAGCACCGGGGAUUAUGUUACACUAAUGUAGCACUACAACUAAAAUGUAGACAAACAGAGUGAAUAUACUGUGUUUAAGGUGCUCUGUACACUGUAUCUCUUUUAGUUGGAGGUUUUGGUUUGAGCAUUUCUUGUGUGUGACUGUUACUGCUGUUUCAAAACAGAAAGUUAGCACUUUAUGUACAUGAUGUACGUUUGCACCUUAGGAAGGUUAGCUGCCUAUGUAUUUUUGUGACCUUACCAUAGCGGGAUAGAUUUUUAGCACCACUAGAAGCACUUACAUAUUGAAUAUCAUUGAAUUUGAAGCACUUAUAGAAGAAACUAAAACAGCUUCCUUCCUACAAAGCUAAUUAGAAUUGCUGUUUCUCUCUCUCAGUGGCUUUAAGCAAACUGACAAAUGAGAUAAUGUCUUUAGAUAAUCACAAACAGCUACUGUACAUGCAGGGAUGUAAAUGCCCAUUUGGUAAUUUUACUUAAAAUGUUAAAGAAGCUCUCCUCUCUGUGUGCAGACGACCCUGUGGUUUUCAAGUUUUUAACUGUGUCAAAUGAAAUACAGGCCUUUUGUUGAAACACCCCCACCCCCUUUUUUCAGUCUAGACCACAAGUACAUGAAGAGGACUUGUAAGAUGACUACACCAGAGGUGAGUGCUGAGAGAUGACAGUGUUAAGUGAUGCUGUAAAUCACAGAUAAUUCUGAUGCAAACGCAUGACAAUGAUGGUUCUGUGAUGGACAUGAAUAUGUUGGAAAUUGCAUGUAAUUGUAACAUUUUCUUAACAUCAAGCUGUGGAGUGUUAUUAGUGUUUAAAAGUGCAGCUGGAGAGAUCGAAUGAGACGGUUCUCUCUAAAAAGUGAUUAAAUAAAGCUAAUGAUGAUUUAUUAAAGGUCA